AUGACGGUAGCGUAUCUCACGGAGCCUUCAAUCGACCAGCCGUCAAUGGACGAACCGUCAAUACUAGACCGUUCGUCAAGGGACGAGUCGCGUAAGCUUUCCAGACGUUCGCAAUCGUUGAGUAGCGCAAUGAGCGGCGAGCGGACAGCCAUGGCGCAGUGUCCACCGAACGCGGGGGCAACCGCGCCGACUGGGUUCCGCCAUCGCUCCCUUUCCGCAAGUGCUCGCGGCUUUCCCGCCAUUCGAAUCGUCAUCCCCGCUGACGACGACGACGCGGCAUGCGACGACACGCGGUGCGAGGACACUCCGUGCGGCGACACGCCGUGCGACGACUCGUGCGACCGAGCGAGCGAUGAUGCCGCGACGCGGCCCCUCUUCGUUCAAGCCUCUCCCUUUCCCAUGCCACGUGGCAACUCCGUAGAGGUUGACCGCAUGUGGGAGGUCCACGCGUCGCCGUCCGAAUCAAAAACGACCAAAGAAACGAGAAAUCGGGCUGGGAAAAGGGAGAAGAGCAAAGCGCGGAAUGCGGAAGGAGCGGGCCCGUCCGCCCGCGCGCCGAAACAGUCUCCGCUGGGUUCCGCAAGCGGGUUUGCGCGCAUGCUGCUGCAGUGGGCGCCUUCGUCGGCGCGCAACAGCCGCCGUAAGAAACGCGGAGACUCUGCGACCUUCGGCUUUCCGGCGCCCCGGUCCCAAAGCGUUAUCCAAUCAUCGCAAAGCCAGCGCGUUGCUGACGUCAGCUGGGAGCUGAACCAUGACGCGUCAGCUCGCGCGUCGGAAUCAGGUAUCGUGGCAGCAUCCGCGCGAGAACGCGUGGGGCCUUCCGCAGCAGAGGAACCGCCGCGUGAAUUUUCCGCUCGUCCGCGCACGGCGCCAAGCGGAAUCUUCAGCCGUUGGCGCUCCGCCGCGCCGCUUUCCCGCCCAAAAUCUCCGCUGUUCGGCCUGACGUAUAUGGGAGCUUCGGCGCGACACGGAGUAAGUGGCGCGUUGCCCGAAGGGAACGAGCUGAGCGAUCCGGGUGAUACAGCGGCGUCGGCGGCGGACACGAAUAAUGGGGCAGCUUAUAGCGAGGAUAGGCUCCGCUCGAUAUUUGCACAGGGGACGAGCUUCUCUGCGGCUAGUGAGCGGCCGUUGGGCGGCGGAGUGUGGGGCGUGGCGGACGGGGCGGGGGACAGCGUUUCGGAACGCGGGGACGCGGAGAGGGAGGAUAUAGAGCGGCGCAUUUCGUACAGUAGCAGCAUUGCUGGCGCGGCUGGUAGUGUAGUUAGCAGCAGCACUGCGGCUUAUACCGAAGGUGCUUAUAGCGAGUCGCUGAUCAUCCAGCACACGGAUCGUGACACGGACUGUGAGAGUGUGACGUCAGCAUCUAGCUGCAGCGGGUACGACGCGCUUGCGUGGGGGGCCAGCGCGCCAAUGGGCGGAGAAAAUGCGCAAAUGGGCGGAGGAAACGCGCUGGUGGGUGACCAAGGCGCGCUGAUAGUGGGGAGAAAUGCGCGGAUGGGGGAAACUCUUGCGGAUGGGGGCGGCGGAGACUUCGUGACCCUCUGGCGGAGCCUCCCCCGCGACCUGCGGCGCACGCGGUCGCUGCAGAGCCCGCGGGGGUAUCCCGAAGAGAAUGCGAGGGGAAGUUCUGCGGGGGAAUCGAGGGGGGAUGGCGGACACGUGACGAAUGGCAGCAGCAGAUCCGCGGAGGGCGAGGAUCAGCGCAGCUACAUCCAGCAGGGCAGCAUGCGACGAGUGGGUAGCGCAGAGAUGGUACCAGCUGUAGCGCACGGGACAUUCGCAGCAGCUGUAGCAGGGGCAGCUGGCGCAGGCCCGCUUGCCCCCUCCGCGCACACCCCCGCGGAUCUCCCCCCCCCGUCCCCGCGGUCUGCUGGCGGCGCCGCGUGGGUGGUGAGCGUGCCGUCCUUCGCGCAGCACCGCCUGCGCGUGGCCUCCGCGGAGAGGGCCGCGCGCGGAGAGGGCGAGGGGCGUGGGGGAGUCCCCCCGUGGCGAGGGGGGGAGAGGAGGGCGGCAGACCCGCACUCAGAGGACCAGCAGCAGCAAGAGCAACGGGAGUGGCAGGAGGGGCAGGAGGGGCAGGGGCAGCAGCAGCAGCGGGAAGAGCGGCAGCUGCUUUCAAGAGCGCACAGGCGGACACGCAGCCUGCAUUCUGCUGACUUGGAGAAGAUCCGGCUGGAGCUUAUCGGCGAGUCCGCCGUCCCUUCCUUCCAGCAGCAGGUCGCUUUUGAGAAUUCUCAAAAGUUCACCGUCCCUUCAUUCCAGCAGCAGAUGGGAGCGGCUUCUGCGCUGCCCCUCGGCCGCCCCUCGCCAUCUGUGCCUCUCCUCUCGCCCUCGCUUCAACCUCGCCUCUGCUUGCUGCGCGCCCCCCCCUCGCCCCGCCUGCUCCCUGUUUCUCCCAGAGCCGCUGCUGGAACACCAUUAGUGCCGCACCCAAUCCCGCCGCACCCAAGCGUGCCGCACACACAGGACCAGCAGCAGCACCAGCCGCAGAAGCAGCAGCAGCAGCAGCAGCAGGCGCUGCUGGCAAGGGCGCACAGGCGGACGCGAAGCCUGCAUGCAGGUGACACGGAGUGGAUGAGGCUGGAACAGAUAGAUGAGUUCACCAUUCCCUCCUUCCACCAACACUCCCCCGCCGCUUUCCACCACUCGCCCUCCUCUCUCCGCCACGUCCUCCCUUGCCCAUCUGCGCGCCUCCUCUCCUCCUCCCCUUCCCGUCCUUCCCUCCUUCCCCCCUCCCCGUCCGCGCUCCGCCGUUCCCCCUCGCUCCGCUCGCCCCGCCUGCCUCCCCUUUCUCCCAGAGUUGCUGCUGGAAGAACGACACUGCCGCACUCAACCGCACAGCACCUAUCCGUGCAGCAUCCAACCAUGCCGCACCCAUCAGCACACCCAAAAUUUCCUAACUCACGGAGCUUCGGUACGCCUUGCGUUUCGGUACCUCCUUUGCCGCAUCGGCCUCCUGUGUGCUCACCAUCCGGCAACACGGGACCCAGCAGGAGCACUCUCAUUGAGGCGCCUCACAAACCCCCCGCGUGUUCCCCAUCCGGCAAGGCACCUGGUCGGAGCUCUCGCAGUAGCUUUGAGCCGCCACUGUCCAGAGCAGGGCACUCACUUAACGCAUUUAUGGGGGCCACUGCCUCUGAGACGCCUGAGAGCGCAGCAGCUGCCUGUGGUGCAGAAACUAGUACACGAGUCUCCAAUGUGGAAGGGGGUGGGCUCAGGGGUGUCACUGUACACGCGUCUCCUAAGUCCAGUACACCCAGGCGGCCGUUUCGACGAUGCAGAUCUUUCGGUGCAGGAGUAGGGGAUUUUGGGUUUGGAGGAAGCGAGCGUGACUACAGCGAAGCCUCCGCUUAUAGUCACGUGCAGGUUGCUAGUAAACAGUGUCACACCAGCAAGGAAGACGAUGAUGGUGGCCUCAUUCCUGAGGACUGCUCUGCAGAACAGACGACGGACUGUCUUCCUGAGGAUACUGGGGUUGAGGCCGGUGCAAUGCGGUACAUGGUGCCUUCUAUGUUAGUGGCAGCACCGCUGCCGCCCGUGCCCCCGGUUGCCGCUGCACCUUUCCCGCGGGCGGUGACUGCACCACCCAUUGCAUCUGAUGGUACUGCGAUGCCAUAUGUACCGGUGGCAUCGGUGCACAUGGCGCGACGCGAUUGGGUGGAGGAUUCCGCUCACAGUGCCGGCCACGGAACUCACGGCAACAUCGAGGUUGGCUCGAGAGCAAUCAGGCAUCAGACGACGUCGCGUCAAGAUGUGCAUUCAGUCCCCAAUAUGGGUCACGGUUUGGGCGCAGCUUCCGCCACCCGCGCUUCAAGUUCCGCCGCUCCCCUUUCAGCUUCCGCCACCCUCGGUUCAAUUUCCGCCUCCUCCCAUUCAGCGUCCGCCUAUUCCGCUUCAGCUUCCGCCACCCGCGCUUCGCCUUCCGCCGCCAGCGCGCCCGGCGACAUUGGCUUCCGCCCCUUGCGCUCUGGGCUGGGCGGCCGUAAGCGCAUGUCUCGAACAGUGACCAAUCGGGUGGCGAGAGCCGUGCACGCGCUGCUAUUGGCUGCCAGAUCUGACAGCGGGGGGGGGGACGGACUGCUGGGUGAACUUCGCAGACUGAAGAAGCUUCCUGCGGGUUUCCUGCGGUCCGUUGCUGAGGAGCUGUGGCGACUGCAGCAGUUCGAACUGGCAGCAGAUGUCCUUGAAUCAGUCCCACCAGCCACUUGCCCUGAUAACAGGCGACCAGAUUCAUCAGAUUUUUCAUAUGAAUCAAAUUCCGAGGAUUCUGAAGAGUCUGAGGAUUCUAGAGCGCCUGAUUUUCCUGCUCGUGGUGGCAGCAGCUCUGAGCGCGAGAUGACAGGUCAGCAGAGGACAUUUGGCAGCCAGAAGUGGACAGGUGGCGCUCUGCGGUUGCACGCCCGUGUGGCAGCGGGGCUGGUGGCAGCGAAUCAGGUGGAGAGGGGAGUGCAGCUGAUUGGUCAGAUGCCGCAAGUGCAUACACAGGCCUCCCAGCCCCUCUCCUAUGCCUCGGGCUGUGCACUGAUAGAGGCGUUUGGCGCGGUGGGAGUGGUGGACGGGGCAGUUGCAGUGCUGCUGUGUAUCAUGUGGGGGUGGGAUGAACCUACCUUGGGUUGUGAGAGCAGGACCCCAACCCGGGCUUUAAAGAGGGAGGCACACGCGGUGUUGCUGCUUGCAGCCGCACUUGCCCGCUGCCGUCGCCCCAAUGACGCCCUCAUGCUGCUGCGCUUUGUGCUCCAAUCGGGAGCUGCCAUGUGGCGGGGUGGGAGGGGCCAGGUGGCAGUGGCAGCGAGGAGGGCAGGGGAGGCGGUGAUGGUGGCUCUGGCGAGGGAGAGGCGGUGGGGGGAGAUGGAGGAGGUUGGGGCGGAGAUAGAGGAGAUGUGGCAGCAGGUCGCAUCCAUGCUCCAUCACAUGGCUGCUGACGUGUCAACCACUGCUGACGUGGCACGCAACAACGGGUUGAUGGCAACAGAGCCAGCUGUGCAAUCCCCACCACCAGCAACCACUGUGAACCUGGCAGUGCGCCUCCUGGGUGCCACUGUCGUCCCAAUGCUGCCUCCAGUUGUCGUCCCACCGCUGCUGCCAGCUGUCGCCGCACCGUUGGCUGAGGUCCCACGGGUGGCACCACGGGCAGCAGCACAACCAGCAUCACAGGCAGCACCACAGCUGGCAGCAAGUGCUUCAAAUGCAGAAGCAAAAUUUGGGUGCUCCGCGCACUGGUGCGUGCUUUCACUGCCCUGCUCCGAUGCUAUGUGGCUGCGGUUACCAGCACCAGCAGCAGCAGCAGCAGCAGCAGCAGCAGCAGCAGCAGCAGCAGCAGCAGCAGCAGCAGCAGCAGCAGCAGCAGCAGCAGCAGCAGCAGCAGCAGCAGCAGCAGCAGCAGCAGCAGCAGCAGCAGCAGCAGCAGCAACAGCAGCAACAGGGGUGCUCGUGCUGGUGGCAAUAAUUGCAUUGAUGCAGUUACCAGCAGCAAUUCGGUAA